AUGGGCCCCGCGGCCCUCCGCCUCCUCCCCUGGGCCCUGCUGCUCUUGGGGCUGCUGCUGCCCGCUCAGGGUUUGCAGGCCGACCGCAUGCUGGCCUCCGGGCCCCUGCAAGGACAGCCGGCGAGAGAACUCGGGGGGUUCACCCCCGCGCCCCCCGCCUCCUCGCAGGAGAUCCAGCCGCUGAACAAGCACCCGGCCAACGGCAGCGGCGAGGGGCACGCCAAGCCCCGCAAAGCCUUCCCGGUGCUGGGCAUCGACUACAACCACAUCCGCAUCCCCUUCGAGAUCUCCCUCUGGAUCCUGCUGGCCUGUCUCAUGAAGCUGGGCUUCCACGUGAUCCCUUCGGUGUCCAGCAUCGUGCCCGAGAGCUGCCUGCUGAUCGUGGUGGGGCUGCUGGUGGGGGGCCUGAUCAAAGGGGUGGGCGAGGAGCCCCCCAUCCUCAAGUCCAACAUCUUCUUCCUCUUCCUGCUGCCCCCCAUCAUCCUGGAUGCUGGCUACUUCCUCCCCCUGCGCCAGUUCACCGAGAACCUGGGCACCAUCCUCAUCUUCGCCGUGGUGGGCACGCUCUGGAACGCCUUCUUCCUGGGGGGGCUGAUGUACGCCGUGUGCCAGCUGAGCGGCCCCAGCCUCAACCACAUUGGCCUCCUGGCCAACCUCCUCUUCGGCAGCAUCAUCUCUGCCGUGGACCCGGUGGCCGUGCUGGCUGUCUUCGAGGAGAUCCACAUCAACGAGCUGCUGCACAUCCUGGUCUUCGGGGAGUCCCUGCUCAACGAUGCUGUCACCGUUGUCCUCUACCACCUCUUUGAGGAGUUUGCCAACUUUGAGCAGGUGACCAUCAUCGACAUCAUCCUGGGCUUCCUCAGCUUCUUCGUGGUGUCCCUGGGGGGCGUCUUCGUGGGGGUCAUCUACGGCGUGAUUGCAGCCUUCACCUCGCGCUUCACCUCCCACAUCCGCGUCAUCGAGCCGCUCUUCGUCUUCCUCUACAGCUACAUGGCCUACCUGUCGGCAGAGCUCUUCCACCUCUCGGGCAUCAUGGCACUCAUUGCCUCCGGCGUGGUCAUGAGGCCCUAUGUGGAGGCCAACAUCUCCCACAAGUCCCACACCACCAUCAAGUACUUCCUGAAGAUGUGGAGCAGUGUGAGUGAAACUCUCAUCUUCAUCUUCCUGGGGGUCUCCACUGUGGCUGGCCACCACUACUGGAACUGGACCUUCGUCAUCAGCACUCUGCUCUUCUGCCUCAUCGCCAGGGUUCUGGGUGUCCUGGUGCUCACCUGGUUCAUCAACAAGUUCCGGAUCGUGAAGCUGACCCCCAAGGACCAGUUCAUCAUCGCCUACGGCGGCCUGCGCGGGGCCAUCGCCUUCUCCCUGGGCUACCUGCUGGACUACAAACACUUUGGCAUGAGGGACAUGUUCCUCACAGCCAUCAUCACCGUCAUCUUCUUCACUGUCUUCGUGCAGGGCAUGACCAUCCGGCCCCUGGUGGACCUGCUGGCUGUCAAGAAGAAGCAAGAGACCAAGCGUUCCAUCAACGAGGAGAUCCACACGCAGUUCCUGGAUCACCUUCUGACGGGGAUUGAGGAUAUCUGUGGUCACUAUGGGCACCACCACUGGAAGGACAAGCUGAAUCGCUUCAAUAAGAAGUACAUCAAGAAGUGCCUGAUCGCGGGGGAGAGGUCCAAGGAGCCCCAGCUCAUCGCCUUCUACCACAAGAUGGAGAUGAAGCAGGCGAUCGAGCUGGUGGAGAGCGGCGGCAUCGGCAAGAUCCCCUCCGCCGUCUCCACUGUCUCCAUCCAGAACAUCAACCCCAAGAGCCUCCCCGUGGAGCGUGUCCUGCCAGCCCUGUCCAAGGACAAAGAGGAGGAGAUCCGGAAAAUCCUUCGCAACAACUUGCAGAAAACCAGGCAAAGGCUGCGGUCCUACAACCGGCACACGCUGGUGGCUGACCCCUACGAGGAGGCCUGGAACCAGAUGCUCCUGCGGAGGCAGAAGGCUCGGCAGCUGGAACAGAAGAUGAACAACUACCUGACAGUGCCUGCCCACAAGCUGGACUCCCCCACCAUGUCCCGGGCUCGCAUCGGCUCAGACCCCCUGGCCUACGAACCCAAGGCCGACUCAGAGAACCUGCCGAUCAUCACCAUCGACCCUGCCUCCCCCCAGUCCCCGGACUCUGUGGACCUGAUGAACGAGGAGCCCAAGGGCUGCGGCGGCCUCCCGCCCUCUCCCGAGGAGGAUGAGGAGGGGCUGGUGAUGCGGGUGAAGGAGCCUUCCUCUCCCGGUACCGACGACGUCUUCACCCCUGAGACCGGCGACAGCCCCAGCAACCAGCGGAUGCUGCGGUGCCUGAGCGACCCGGGGCCGCGGCCAGAGCCCGAGGAGGGGGAACCCUUCAUCCCCAAGGGCCAAUAG